AUGUUAUUUUCUACAACAACCAAGGAUAGUCUAGGAAAAUUCGGCCAACAAAUAAUCUCUUACUACCAUAUAUUUAUGGGUCUUUCAUCCUAUUGGUUUUGCAAGGAGAAGAACAACUAUCAACGCAACAUGUUUUCACGCCUAAUUCUUAUAGUGGUCAAUGUUUUGGGUACAGUGAUGUUGUGCUUGAAUCUUCCAAACUAUUUAGAGGAACUUCGAAAUGUUCAUGUCCUAAAUACCCUAAUGUCCUUUGCAUUCAAAGUGAAUAUCAAACUAAGGAUUUUUCUUGUAGCCCAUACUGUUCUGCAGGUAAUACGUUAUGACCACCUAAUAACUAACAUGAAAAUGGAGCUUCAGGAGUUAAAAAUUCAUUGCCUGACAAGGUUCACCUUGCGGCGAGACAUUGAAACAAGAUUUAGAUAUUUAUUUUGUUUGAAAUAUUUUUUGCUCUAUUACAUUCAUAUUGUAACGUUAGUGAUGACCUUUAGAGAAGCCCCCAACGUUUUCAGUAUCUGGCAAAUAGUGAUGAACAUAAGCUUUGUAAACAUCAAUGUUUUGUGGUAUUUUGUAUUGUUUCAAUAUUUUGAAAUUAUUUGGCAAAUCUGCUCGCUAUUUUAUUAUAUAGAACAGCACAUAUGCUAUAUAGCCAAAGAGGCAAAUGCAACAGCAGCAUCAUUUAGAGGUUCACAUAAAAAUAUGGACAAUUUUGCUGGAUCGCAGCUAUACUGGUCACUGAGAAUGCAUACAAAAUUGUGCAUGUAUUGGCUGACACUUCAAAAUGUUUUUAAAUGGCAAAUACUACUAAGUCGCCUGGCCAAUGUGACCAGCAGUAGUACCAGCAUUUGCUAUACCUUUGUCUUUACCGACUCUAUACAUCAGUCUUUGGUCUUGUCGGUAAUGGGCUCCCUUACUUAUUUAUUGCUGACAUUGGACUUGUAUAUCAAUGAUUAUAUGUGUGAUAUGACGGUUAAUAGUUUUGAGGGUCUGCAGUUGGCUUUGAAGGAUUUUAAUGGUGUGCAGCAAACAUGGACCACACUUCAUCAACUGUGCGAAGAGUUCUCUUUAUAUUUGUGCAAUCGUAGGGUUAAUCUGAAACUAGCCGGCGCCUUAAAUAUGGAUCGCAGGGCAUGGUUAUCUCUGAUGUCUACCUUGGCCACAUAUUCCAUAGUUUUAAUACAAGCCCAAUUGGGAACCUAA